AGUGAGUAAUAAGAUCGCUGGGGAAUGCGUGUCAGUUUCACCAAAUUAUCAGAAACUGUAAAAAGCUUGAAGUUAAAUUACGGAAACCGCAAAAAGCUUGACGUUAAUUUCCGUAACAGGCCCUUGUGAGGCAGAUAUAAUUGCUCUAUAGGUUUCCAUAGAAUUUUACUAAUUGUACUUGCUGAUAUUAAGAACUAACCUUCGAGCAUUAGAAUGAUCUAUCUGUCGUCAUAUAUCUCUAAGUUACUCCUCAUCUCCUGUCGAAUGCGAUUACGUCUCUCAUUAAAGCAUUUUGCUUUUUUAUUUUGUCUUGUAUCAACACUAAUAACUUGUCAUACGAUGUAGAACUCAUCGGAAAGUAAUAUAUAAAUUCUUUUGGAUCCGUGAUUCUGAUUUCAGCCAUUAAAUUAACAUGUGACCAGUUGCUCCUCUUUCAACCAAUCUCGGACACAUUUCCCCUUUUUCAUUGUUUUCUGGUGCUUGCAAGCAAUCGCUAAUAUAAUUGCAGCACACGCUUUCUUCUGGGCAUUCACCAUCUUACUCUCGUGAAAUCGUGUUGCCAACUGACAGUUUGUGAUGGUAUUAUUGAUGGUGUGAGGGCGCUUCGGUAUAUUGAUGGCUUGAAAAACUAGAACUGUCAGUACAUAUUGAAAGCUGCCGGGCCCUUAAAUGUCACGUCAUUCUUGUGAUGUUUAUCUUUCAACCCAGGAUUUUAAAUUCUAGACGCCUUGCUUCGACCAUAGGUCGAAGUGUGGUGCUGUAUCUCCGAAGUGUUAUCAUGUUGUUGGGAACGUUAUUUUGAAAGCAGAAGACAUGCACAGUACAAGCUCUGAACGCGAGCAAAAUAAUAGUAUAUUUAGUGGCAGCUAGCGUUCAGUUGUCUUAAUUACUGAUGCACUGCCGAAAAUGUCGAAAAAGCAUUGCGUGAGGUUUUUGAGACCACAGCCCACAAUUUCUUCGGGGUAAUUCGCAGUAAUAAAGUGCGCGAUGGUUGCUGUUUCGUGAGAAUGUGUAGCCAACACAUAGUAUAUAAUUCUAGAUAGUAUUUACCUUUGACAGCUAUUAGGAUAUCGACGUGUAAGUAGUCAAUAUGACACAAGAAUUAUCUGCUGUCACCGUCGUAAUCAUUAUAGGAUGUGGAGUUCUGGCCUUUGUAUUACUGUUCAUAUUUGCCAAAAGACAAAUCAUGAGAUUCGCCUUGCGUUCAAGAAGGGGCCCACAUGUACCCAUAGGCCAUGGAGCGAAAAAGUCCUUAAGAAGAGAACUUGAAAGAAUGAUUGAUGUUAUUCCUCGUAUCGUAUAUGAGCCAAAACUUAUGACAGAUGAUGAUCCGCAAUAUAUCCUUCAGCCCGGAACUGAGCUCCCACCACACUAUUUUAGACUGAAGGCAGUAGAUGAUGUGAGAUUACUAGAACAAGAAAUAACUAGGCAAGAUAACUGUUUGGUGCGGCAUCCACCCGAGAACCUCCGUGCUUUUCUACUUUCGGCACUGGCAGUGCCUUUGAAUGGACUGGGACCAAAACUUGUUCAUCAAUUCUGUGACCUGUAUGAACAUGCAAGACAUGAUCCGAGUGAAUUUGGAGAUGAAGAAUAUCAAAUGUAUUCAAAGUUACUCUUGAAACUAAUAGAUGCGGCUAAGAUGCUGAAAUCAUAUCCUAAUAGUCGUAAAUCUAGCCCCAGCAGGACUCCUUUGAAGAGAAAUCAAGAUAAAUACAGGAACUUGCUGGAAACAAAACUAAGGUCUGACAGGAAGCUAACAGAUGAAGUUCUUUGUGUUAAUGAGAAAGAGAUCCGCCCAUCUUCUCUCCCUGUUUCACCUGAUGAAAACAAUGAGACAUCAGUCUGACACAAGUUGAGCUGUACUUUACUGUGGCUUUGACUCACAGUUGGACAAAGAACUGCUAAUGUACAUGAAAGGGCAAAUACCUGAACAGUCUACUUGUGCAUUUUCUGUCAACAUCCUAAUGCGCCCAUUUCACAGUUGAAGUGUUGACGUAUAUGAAUGUCCUGAAAGUGUUUCUUUGUUCUUUAGCAGUACUGAAUUACAGACUUAGUUCCAAUUGUGGUGCUAAGAUAACAUAUCUGCAAAUACUACUGCAGGUUGAAUUAGAAGGGUAUCUGUGGCUGUUAAUAGUUUCUAGUCAUAUAUCUUCAUAAGAUAAGCCAAAUAAUGAUUUGUUUCAAAAUCAUAUAAUAAGAAUGAUGCAUUGUUAGCAUAAUUGUUUUUAAUUGCCAAACAAGCUUUGUUACAAUAAUGUUAUGAGCUACACAACUUGUAUGUUCACUAAAUAAAAUUCCUUGGCGAUCGAA